AUGCAAACAGAAAUAUCUUUACAAUAAUCAAGAGAUUAGCUAAUUACAGGUAGAUCGAAAAAAACAGCAUAUGAAAAUUGUUUGAAUUUUUGUGGUAAUUGUUUUUGAACUUGUAAAGCUUGGAUACUAUGUUGUUGUUUUCCCUAUCCUUAUGAACUAGAAAGCUAAGGUAUAUUGGAUUGUUUUAAGAAUUUGGACGUUUUGAAAAACAAUUACCUGCUGGUAUACAAUUUGUAAAUCUGUAACUUAAAUACAUAAAAAUAGAUGUUAAGGUUAAAUAACAAUGGUGGAUAUGAAGUCACAGUAAAUUAUUAUAUAAAUUUAAGUUCUUGAUAAGUUAAUAGAUCAGUUAUUUUAACAAAAGAUAACAUAACAUCUGA